AUGAGUUCAAUACGCUCAACUACAUUGAAGGCACCUGAACAGACACUAUUUACCUUCUUGGACAUUGAUGAGGACGGUAGCAUCAGCCGGCGCGAAUACGAAAUCGCUCUUUGUCUGAGUUCCGAACGGUCGGUGGAUUGGGGGGCCAUCUUCGAUGCGCUGGAUUUAGACCGAUCGGGUGACAUAUCCGUGGAGGAGAUUAAACGCGUGUUCAACAGAGUAAGGAUGCCCAUUUUAACCCCGGGAAUUAUGAGCUGGAUUUCGGAAUACGAUGUGAACAAAGAUGGAAAAUUGGACUACAAGGAAUUUCUCGCAUUCAUCAAAAAAGGAAAAGCUGCACAAACAUGGGAAACAUGA